CUGAUGUUGGUCGUUGUGGCUUCACUUUGCUCUGUUUAGGAAACACAUUCAUUUCAAAUAGAAUAGACCAGCUGUAAAUCAAUGUUUCGACAUUAAGACGGAUUCGGAAAAAAUGUUUUGAUGGCCUGCAGAACACACACAUGGAAAGGGGACAAACACUGUCCUCAGGAGCUGAGGAUUGUCCUCCUGGGCCACGACUGGCUGGAGAAGAGUCUGACGGGAAACACCAUCCUGGGCCAACAGAUGUUUGACAUCAGCAGAGACGUGAAGAUGUGUGUUAAGAGACAAGCCAUUCUCGAUGGCGGCCGUAAAGUCAUUGUGGUCAGCACCCCUGAGAGGUGGAUCCGCUACUCUGUUCAAGACCCCAGCCUGGUCAACGGAAACAUGGCAGCCUGCAUGGCCACGUGUCCACCCGGACCUCACGCCUUCCUCAUGGUUAUUCCCAUCUGCUCCCACAGAGGCAGGGAGUGGACAGUAGAGGGACCUCUCGAGCUGCUGGAUGACAUCCUGUGGAGAAACACAAUAGUAAUAUUGACCAGAAGUGAGCGACUGAGAGGGGUUCCAGUGGAGAGCUACACUGCAAAAUAUGAGUUUCUCAAAGCCAUCAUGGAGAAAUCUGGACAGAGAUACCACCUUUUAGACACAAGCUCUUGGGGAAAAGAUGAUGAUGUUCAGGUUGCAGAACUUUUGGAGAAGAUCGAUGCAAUGGUUGAAGGAAACAUAAAGUCAAGAGGGGUUGGUUAUGUGGCCUCCAAAGCAGUCUGUAGGAUCAGUGAGAGGAAAAGGAAAGAGGUAGAGGAGGGGGCGACUUUGAGGCGAAUGAAUGCGCAGAUGGCCAGGAUCACACUCAGAUCUCUAAAGGGAGAGUCUUCCUCGAUUCCAGCACUUCGAAUUCUAGUUGUUGGACCGAGACAGGUUGGAAAGACCUCAGCGGGAAAUACUAUUCUCAGAGAUGAAGUCUUUCCUGUUGGACAUCCAACAAGACAGUGCACUGAGAGACAGGGUGGCACUGACAAAAAGCAAGUCAGCGUUGUUGACACUCCAGGCUGGUAUGGACGAUAUUGCUCUGAGGACACUCCACAGGCGUUACAACAGCAGAUUACCCACAGUGCAUCUCUGUGUGCUUCUAUUCCUCUUGCUGUUCUGGUGGUCGUACGCUGUGACGAGACCUUCACUGAAACCGACAGGAUAAAAGCAGAGGAACACUUGAGCUUGCUUGGACUUUGGGUGUGGACUCGAGCCAUUGUGUUGUUCACAUGGGGAGAUCGUCUGGGAGUCACUCCCAUCGAGGAGCACAUUGAACAAUGGCCUGCUCUUCAGCGGCUGGUGGACAAAUGUGGAAACAGGUAUCAUGUUUUUGAUAACUCCAACAAGGUCAGAGACAUUCAGGUUAGAGAACUACUGGAGAAGAUUGAGGAGACACUGGUGGGGAGUGAUACUGGACUCUUGCUUACGAGUUUGAUGGAUUUCCAGCAAAGCAAUAAAAAGCUGGAGCAAAGUUCCAAAAAGACUGCAAGGCAGCUCAAGAAAGCAAAGGAGGAGAAUCGUCUUCUGAAACAAGCAGUCAAGGAGAAGGAGAGAACAGUAGAAGACAUGAUGAAGACAGCCAAAGAGAAAGAUGUGCAGGUUGAAGCUCUGAAGGUGACAGCAGAGACAGAAAGGAAAAGAGAAAUGGAGCAAAAGAAAGAUUAUGAAGAAGAGAUUAACAUGAGAUUAAUGGAGGCUGAGAGGGAGAACAACCAGCUCAAACAGGUCAUUAUGGAGAAAGAUAGACUGAUAGCAAGCCUGAGUGAAAAAUACACUGUCAAAGAUGAUGUCAUAAAAGCUGCAAGGCAAAAAAAUGAGGCAGACAAGAAAAUUCUAGAGGAAAAAGUGAAGGAAGAAGAGCAGCAGAAUGCAAUCUUAAAGAGAACGUGUGAGGAGAAGGAUAAAGAACUGAAGCGAAUGAUGCUGGCUCACAAAAGAGAAGCAGAGGAGCUCAAAGAGAAAACUGAGCAGCUGAGGAGAGAAAAUGAAGAUACAAAGAAAAUACUGAAGGCAACGAUUAACGGGAUGCAGAGAGACUAUCAGAGAAAAGAAGCCAAUAGAACAAAUGAGGUGAACACUGCACACUUCAAUAAAGUUGACGACAGCAGGACAACAAUGACAGACUUCAAAUCAUUGGAGGAGCUUAGUAGGCAACCAAAAUGGGCAUUUACAAUUCCGAGUCACCAUCAAGACGUCACCAAACCCAUUACAGAGACAGAACAGAAAAGCCUACUGUUGGAUAAAAGCAUCAUGCUACAUGAAAAGAAAGAGACUGCAGGGCAACUUGAGGCCGACUGGACGUCAUCGUGGCUGAGAGCUGGAGGUGCAGCACUAGGAGCUGCAGUCGGGGUCCUGGCGGCCUCCUUCAGGGUCACUACAGGGUUAAGUGCCAGAUCGGCUGGUGGAGCUGCGACUGGAGCUCUGCUGGGCUGCUUCCUGGUUCAAGCAGCCAGAUCCCAGCAGAGGAACAGUGGAGAGACCUGAAAUCCCCCUGAGAUAUCAUGAUCAUAAAGUUCCUGAUUAGGAACACAGCAUCCGGCUAACUAUCUAAAGUCUAUUUAUGACCACUAUACUGAAAUCACACACUUCUCAAGGGUCCACGUGCACUCGUGACCUGUACUUCUACCUCAGUUACUAAGGUAACUGUUAUCUAUGUAGAUUUUAGCUUUUGAUCAGAUGUUGUCGAUAUUUAGUAUUACGCUCUACAUAUGAAAAAUGUUAAUAUACUGUCCAUUGCGUGUUUAUUUACAACUUCAACAUUGGAACUUCUCAUUUUGCCUGAAUCAUGACUCCAGAGUAGGGGUGAAAUAAUCUGGGCCAAGAAAUCCAGUCGUUCUGAUAAGAACAGGACACAGGUGGCCUUAAAAGUGAAUGUUUUGAAAGAAGAGAAUUAAACUACAUCUUUGGAGUCUAACAGUGGGCAAAAAUCUUCUUCUUCUGAUAUUUAGUGACAUCUUUUCCUGCACCUUAGUAUUUUUAGCUGGAUGUGCACACAUUGGGUUUUGCACUUCUGUACUAGUAAAGGUCACCAAAUAAUAAUAAGAACACUAAAUGUGGAAGUUUAACUGCCCUAUCAGGAGAAAUUAGAAGAAUGUACCCCACAUUUACUGUAUAUAAGCAAAAAUAUGAGCAAGAAUUGGAGGUGCAGCUUUCAGAAAUAUAAACUCUAUUUACUUCACAGAUCAAGAUCACUUCACCAGUUAUGGAGAAUAUAAUUCUUGCUUUGAAAACAGUUGCUUAAUGUCUGAGUAAAUGACAGUGAUAGGCCACAUAAAGACAGCUUCUAUCAUCUCUCAUAGAUUUUACAGAAGGGAAUAUUCAUCUUACAGCAGUAAAUACACUAUUAGAACACACAAAAUGACUGGUCAGCAGGGAAUGGAAUUUACGGAGGCAAACAAUGCUGUAAGUAUUAUGUUUUCUUGCACAUUAAUGACCACUGGCAGCUCACACUGUUUAUAUGCAGGGUUGUUCAGUCUGAAAUUAAAGAAAAAAAGAAGGAUGAAACCUCAGGGUUUGGUUUAGACCCUGGAUGGAGAGACAUGUCAGUUGCAAAUAUCAAACAAUGGCUGGAUCUCGAGAAUUAAGAUUCGAAUCUUUAAAUAACACACACUAUAUGAUUUAUAUUUGCUGACUAUCAACAGCAACAGACUCAACCACAUCAGGCAUCAAGUUAAACUCAUUGACAAUCAGUUCAACACUCAUUCUGUGUGUCCCUGCCUGCAGUCUACAAUGUGUGUUUUAAUGCACAAUGUCACGACUGCUUUAUGUUGAGUGAAAAUAUCUUAGUCAGUUGCGUUUGUAAUAAGGCCCCAACUAAAGCAGUAGUGCAAGAGCUGCAUGUUUAAAACAGCUUUUGAAAAUUACCUGCACAGUUAAAGUAUGCCCUGACUUCAAUAAAAUAUCUGCAGCAUCACACAGCAGCAGAAGCGAUGAGUGUUUCUGUAAUUUGAGAUGAUUUGCUGACCUCUGAUCAGGGUGGUUUGGGUCCCUGCUGGUAAAGUUCACAAAAAGAAGUCUGCUCGCUGUUAGACAGUUUAAUUUUAAGGCAUCAUUUUGAUCAAUAAUAUGUUCCUCAGGAGAGAGUCAAACUAAAAUAAAGACAUUUUUUGUUGAUGGUAAUCGGCUCAAAUCACCAUCCCCUGCUGCUCAGCAGGUAACUGAGAAGAAACAAAACGCCACAAGAGGGCGAUCACAAUACUCUAUCCAUUCAUCCAUAUAUGUCUUUUACCAGCUGACAGGGUGCAGCCAGGACAAUCAUGUGUGUCAGACAAUCCAGAUGAAUUUUUAGGAUGCAGUGUGUAACAACACCUGAAAACAUGUUGGUAAUUAUUUCUUUGAAAAGUAGUGGGAAACCAAAUUUACUUUUAGACAACUGUGACAGAAAGUACAAAACUCCCAUCUUCAAUAAAGUCACCUCAUAAGAUGAUAGUGUUUGUGCAUCACAUACAGAAUAAUUUAAAUAUUCUGUAAUUCACUCACAGUUGACCACAAAUAAAAGCAACAGUUCAAGAGUUACAGCAGUUUUUAUAUUACCAACCCAGUAAAAACAUUUCUCUGA